UUGCUGCCCUUUGAUCCCUGCAUUAGUGUUAGUUAGGGGCUCGGAGACACACUUGCACCGAGAGCAGCCAUAGUCAAGACACGGCAACAACAACAGCGGCACCUCCUCCGCCUGUGUUCCCAUUCCCCAACAAUACUCUUUAAACCGAGCAAAGCCAGGUGCACGACCAAGUCCCUGCCAUCACUGGCGCCUCCAGUCUCAAUGGGAAAAACCUUUUUUCUUCUUAUCCCUAAACAAGGACGAGAAUGUGAUUAAAAACGGGGGAAAAUGCCAAGGAGGAAGCAGGAGCAACCCAAGCGCCUGCCUUCACAUGUGGACAGCAAUGAGGAAGGAGGGCCUGAUGGCACUGCUGUGGAGGAGGAAGGCUGGUUUGGGAAUGCCUCUGACACGCGCUCAGAGUCGUCGUCUUUUGGAGACACCCAGGAUGAGGUCCUCCUGCCCAGGGGCUCCUCUCCUGACGAACGACCUGGAGUCAGCGCUGGGUCUGGGGAUCAUGAUACCUGCGGAGGCGAAAGCUCACUGGGUUGCCCCACACCUGUCCAUCGUGCCUCUUUGGAACUUCUUGGUCUGGAUGGAGGUGCAUUCUCGGCCCAGGACACACUCUCGUCUGUGGUGUCAUCACUGUACGGCGAGGCAGCAUCUCGAGCCCUGGGAAAGCCCCUCAGCAGCAACCUACGGCGCCUCCUAGAGGCUGGGUCGCUAAAGCUUGACACUGGGGAGCUCCUGGGUCGGUCAUCCAGGGGAGGCGCUGGGGGUGAGUCGCCUCCAAUAGGUCUAGCCCCACCUUUGACCCUCUCUCCAUCUUCCCACCAUGCCCAGCAGUUAAGUGCUCUUGCCCGAAAACUGGCCAAUAAUAACAGUGGCUCAGCCUCACCAGCCUCCACGGUCCCCUCAGCCACCAACAUUAAGCAAGAGCCCUUAGACCCCUUUAACUCUGUCACUCCUAGCAAUGGCAGUGGCUUUGUAUGGGCAGGUGUGGCAGAUAAGUGGCCUCCGGCCAGCUGCUCCACCCCAUGCGGCUCUAGCCUGUCCCCGGACUCUGCAAUCCAGAAAUUAAAAGCAGCAGCCAAUGCUGUACUUCAAGACAAGAAUGCCGUGGCCUCCUCCUCAACGACAUCAUCCUCCUCCUCCACCUCUGCCUCAUCUGCAGUGCCCACCCUGGGAGGGGGUGGUCGAGGAGACGAUGUGGUGCGCUUCGAUGCCUUUAACUCUCCGUUUAGCCCGCAGUCAGCUAGCUCCACCCUUGCUGCACUCUCCAAGAAAGUCAGUGAGCGGAGCCAAGCCUCGUCAACAGCCAGUUCUGCUACAGACCACCAAGCAGCAAGUUCCUUCCUCUCGCUUGUGUCUAUGACCUCCUCCGCUGCCUUGCUCAAAGAGGUGGCAGCCAGGGCAGCAGGAAACCUGCUGGCAGAGAAGAAAGAUGGUUCCCCCUUGGCAACUACUGGGGUCCUCCAAGAGGACGUGAAGCCCCUGUUGGACAAGAACCAGAAAGCACCCACGCCCUCUACACCCACCCAGAGCCUAGAAUUGCUGUUGCCCUCUCCUCCCAAGGGCAGGGGGAAACCCAGCAACCAAGCAGGCUCUCCUGAGGAUGGUGGCAAACCAUUCCAGUGUCCUGUUGGCUUGGUCAUCAAACGCAAGAGCUACUGGAAGAGACACAUGGUCAUCCACACAGGCUUGAGCCAUCAGUGUCCGCUGUGUCCCUUUCGCUGUGCUCGCAAAGACAAUCUCAAGUCCCACAUGAAGGUACAUCAGCACCAGGACCGGGGUGAGACGUUUCAGUGCGAACUCUGUCCCUUUACCUCCUCCCGUCACUUCAGCCUGAAGCUUCACAUGCGCUGCCACCAGCACUUCCCCCGCACAGACAUCAAGGUAAAAGAGGAGAUCACCACUGACACAGAGGGCGAGGGCUCCCUGAUGGGUGACGGCGGCUCCACAGACCUGAGAGGGACAGAGGUGUCCCCACUGCACUCGGACGCUCAGCAGCAGACGUCCCCUCCGGUCGAGGCUUCCUCCAAUCACGUCCACAUCAAGGAGGAGCCCCAGGAGAGAGACCUGUCUGUGCUCUCCCCUUUUAGCAUCUGCAGGGACCGUCCUAGCAGCAGUGCCAACUCCCUGGACCUACCUGGAGUUGGGGUCGGAGUCGGCGUCAGAUCCAGUCCUAGUGGUCCAACCACAGCCUCCUUAUUCAGCCCAGACAUCACUACCAAAACGGCCACUGAUCUGCUUAUGAAGCUUUCAGCGGCCAACCAGAGGGAGACACUCAAAUCUCCAUUCCAACUGAAGGAAGAGCCCAAAGUGGAGGAAGCACUGAGCCCUCGACCAUCCUCCCAGUCCCAGAGCCAGAUCCAGCCAAGCUUCCCUACGCCCUUUGGCCAGGACGGGCCAACUGUGGCUGCAGCAGCCACAGAUCGCCCGGGGUCACUGAAACCGAGGGAAGGAAGCCCCAUGGCUAAGAACAGCUUGCUGAGCCAGGAUAUCAACAUUAAGGUGGCCUCUGAGCUGCUCAUUAAGCUUUCAGAGAACAACAAAGAUGCCCAGUACCAGAAGGUGAAGGUAAAGGCAGAGCCCAUGGAGGUGGACCCGCCACCUGCAGACCUCACCCCACCUGCCUCCCACAUGCUAGCCUUCAGCACUUUAGGGGCGAGUGAGAAGAGCGAGCCAAUGAGUAACCUCCAUGAGACAUUGGCGUGCCCCCAAAAAGAUCUCUUCUCCCAAGACAUAUCGGUCAAAAUGGCCUCUGAACUAUUGUUCAAAUUGUCAGAAAAAGUCAGCAAAGCCAACAACCACAAAGACAGUAACAUGGUGGGAAUAAACAGUCCAUUUCUGGACGAGUGCUUCAGACAAUCACCCUUUAACUCGCGCUCCAAGAGCACUUCCCCCGCAGAGGCCAGCUCCUCUACCAGGGUACCGUUUAAUGACUCGGAAAAGGAUGAUGGAGAGCCGGGAAAUGGGAUCGCACAGUGGAGAUUAAAUGAACAGCUCUUCCCCUGUCCCGUUUGUGGCAAGGUGUUUGGUCGACAGCAGACCCUUUCUAGACAUCUCUCUCUGCACACAGAAGAGAGGAAGUACAAGUGUCACCUGUGUCCUUACGCAGCCAAGUGCAGGGCUAACCUCAAUCAGCACCUGACCAUCCACUCUGUCAAGCUGGUCAACACAGAUGCUGAGCAGAUUGUGAGCGCUGUUACAGCUGACUCUACCGAGCGCAAGAACUGCCCUUACUACUACAGCUGCCAUGUGUGUGGUUUCCAGACGGAGCUGAAUGCCCAGUUUGUCAGCCACAUGUCGCUCCAUGUGGACAAGGAGCAGUGGAUGUUCUCACUCUGCUGCAGCGUCUGCGACUACGUAUGCAUGGAGGAGACCGACAUGAGAAACCACAUCAGCACUGGGCACGCAGGUCUGAACUCAAGAAGUCCCCUCAGCGAGACCAAGAGCACCUCAUCCUCCCUCUCGGCCCUCAGCGAUUCACUCAACAGCUCAGAGGGCGGAGACCUCACCCACGGUAAUGAAGAACUCAAGAGCCUGUUAGCCCCACCCUCUUCCGCCGGCAGCCAGUCCAGCUCCGGAAGCCACUCGGGAUCAGGAACCGAGGACAAGUCUGACAAAGGUUUUGAGUGCGUCUUCUGUAAUUUUGUGUGCAAGACACGCAGCAUGUACGAACGCCAUCUCCAGAUCCACCUCAUCACACGAAUGUUUGAGUGCGACGUUUGCCACAAGUUCCUCAAGACGCCCGAGCAGCUGUUGGAGCACAAGAAGUGCCACACCGUCCCCUCCGGAGGGCUCAAGUGCCCUUUUUGCAUCUACUCCACCAAUCGUCCAGCGGCCAUGGAGUGCCACCUUAAGACGCACUGUAAGAUGGAGUACCGCUGCCGCAUCUGCCAGGGACUGUGGCCCGACCAGGCCUCACUGGAGGCCCACAUGCGCAGGCACCGCCUGGGCAACCACUACAAGUGUGAGCAGUGUGGCUACUUGUCCAAGACGGCCAAUAAGCUCAUCGAGCACGUGCGUGUGCACACGGGCGAGCGGCCCUUCCACUGCGACCGCUGCUCUUAUAGCUGCAAGCGCAAGGACAACCUCAACCUGCACAAGAAGCUGAAGCACGCGCCGCGCCAGACUUUCGGCUGCCAAGAGUGCCCUUUCACUACCACACACCCCUUCGUCUUCAGCCGCCACCUCAAGAAACACCAGAGCGGAGGAAUGGGGGGGGUAGACGGAGGUUUAGGAGGAGGAGAAGAAGAGGAGGAAGAUGAGGAGGCAGGAGGAGAGGAGCUGCCAGCAGAGGAAACAUCACCGGGGGGCUCGUCGUUGCAGAAGAGCCAGGAGAACUUCCUGUUUGGCGGAGGAGGUGGCAGCAGCGGAGGCAGUGGGAGCAACAGCCCUCUCAUGAGUCUCACGGCAUCUCAGGCGCUUCAGUCCGUCGCGCUGUCACUCACACUGGGCAAGUCCCAGCAGCUGGACCCCGCCAGCCCCCUGCACAGCUUGGUUAACGCCAACGGCGGCAAUGCCGCAAGAAACCCCGGCGGCACGAGCAGCGGCACCAGCCCCUCCCUCUUCCUCCCCUCCUCCCGCCACAUGUUGGAGCAGUACAGGAACUGCGACCGGGCCCACCUCAUUCCCCUCACCACCCUGUUCACCCACAACAGCCGCUUCACAUUCCACUCCCACCUCCACUCCAGAUGGCGGCCGGCCACGUCUCCUCUCCUCUUCUCCUCCAACUCGGCGUCCCCCUCCCCCUCACCCUCCUCCCACAAACACUCCUUCCUGGCCUACCUUGGACUGAUGGAGAGGGCCAAGACUGUCUGACCUCACCCGCCUUUCGUCCUCCUCCUCCGCUUCCUCCUCUUCCUCUCCCUGCUCUUUCCCCUCACUCCUCGGACGGUGGUGUGAGUGACACUUGACCACUGCUGCGGGAGCAACUCUUUUUUUUCCAAUCAGACCAGCAAAAUAAGCUGGACCAGACAAACAUAUUGAGGAAAAAAAAAAAAAGGAAAAAAAUAACAUUUAUAAGAGAAAAAGGCUGUACAUGCUAAAAUGCAUUUAUAUUAAAAAAAAAAAAAGCUGCUUUUCUUAUCAGUUCUAUCAAUUGAAUUAUUACUACUUCAACAUCAGUUACUACUCUCUAUUACCUUUUUUUUUGUUUGUUUGUUUGUUUGUUUGUUUGUUUGUUCUUUUCCUGUUUCUAAACAUCUGAAUGACCUGGACCCAGCUGCAUUACCUGACAGAACUAACAUAUCUCACUUUUAUAGAUAAUUUUUCUUUAGUCGUUCGACGAGAUAAAAAGACGAAAAACAAAACUUGCAAGUGCUAUAUUUUAGUGCAUUUUUGUCUAUCGCUAUUAUGCAUCGGAAUAGCAUGCCUGUUUCUGUGUUUCAAACUAGCUUUGACGUCAUUAGGAAGCUAAAUUUGAGAUAUCCUGAAGUGUUAGCGGUGCAAUGUGGACAGAACCAAUGAAACGAAUGCUUUUCAAAGCAACGCCUCAAACCACGCACUUACUUAUUUAUCAAUCUUGUACAUAGUUUUAUAGCCCUCCCCCUUCCCAUCUUUUUUUUUUCGUUUGUUUUUUUUUUUGUUUCUUUUUUUUGUUGUUUUAUUUUUGUUGUAUUAUGGUGAAACAGUAUUGUGCGUAGCUGCCGUCUGAUGUCAAUCCCAUCUCAGAAUAAGUCAUUUUAAUGGCUUUCUGGCUGAUUUCAGCAGUUCUUUGUAAGCUUGGGGAGGGGGGUGUUAAAGAAUAUAAGCUGUGAUAAUGUAAAUAUGGAAAAUCUGACCUAUUAUUAAUCUGAAUAUUAAAAUGUUGCAGGAAAAAAAAGGUGCAACUAGUUGCAAACAUCCGUUUGUCGUUCCCGAGACGGGGUUGACAUCAGAGCAGCAUCACAUGCAGAUCUAUGUAUCACGCACCUAUACUUAGAAGAGAUAUAUGAGAUAACUGUUCUGAGGAGGUGACCCGCUCGGGGUCAGCGAGCUACCCACAGCGAGGGUCACCACAGGCCGAUUCAAUGGUGCUUUUUGGAGCUUUUUGUAAUUUUUUUGUGUACAAAAAAAAAGAAGAAAAAAAAAAACUGUUCCAAAAUGACUUGAAUGAAUGUAUUUUUGUUUAUGUACCUGGAAAAAAAAAAAGCGAUACAGAAGAG